UCGGGGAGACGGAAGAGGCGGGAAUGUUCCAAAAAAACUGGAAGUGGGAAUAGAAACCUGGAAACAGGUUUCAAAACUCCCAACGCUAGCUUCAGAAAAUUCGGAAUUUUUGAACCAGUAAGUGAGAAACAGAAAGUAGGCCCCGGAGAACAAUUGUGUGGUUACACCCGAGCGUGUUCUCAGAGAGAUCGGAAAUCUGUGUAGACUAUAAAGGAUCCUGGAGCAAUGGCUUUCCCCACACCAAAACCGCGGGGUCCGGAACUGCCACAGAAACGGUUGAAGACGCUGGACUGCGGGCAGGGGGCUGUGCGAGCCGUGCGAUUUAAUGUGGAUGGCAAUUACUGCCUAACGUGUGGCAGCGACAAGACCCUGAAGCUGUGGAACCCGCUGCGGGGGACACUGCUGCGGACCUACAGCGGCCACGGUUAUGAGGUGCUGGAUGCAGCCGGCUCCUUUGACAACAGUAGUCUCUGCUCUGGCGGCGGGGACAAGGCGGUGGUGCUGUGGGAUGUCGCUUCGGGGCAAGCCGUGCGAAAGUUUCGAGGCCAUGCUGGGAAGGUGAACACGGUGCAGUUUAAUGAAGAGGCCACCAUCAUCCUCUCUGGCUCAAUUGAUUCCAGUAUUCGCUGCUGGGACUGCCGCUCUCGGAGGCCUGAGCCAGUGCAGAUACUGGAUGAAGCCAGGGAUGGCAUAUCUAGUGUGAAGGUGUCAGACCAUGAGAUCCUGGCAGGCUCCGUGGAUGGUCGAGUGAGGCGCUAUGACAUGAGGAUGGGGCAGCUCUUUUCAGACUAUGUGGGCAGCCCCAUCACUUGUAUCUGCUUCAGCCGGGAUGGGCAAUGCAUUCUGGUGUCCAGCCUGGACUCCACAUUGCGGCUUCUGGACAAGGAUACAGGAGAGCUGCUGGGCGAGUACACAGGCCAUAAGAACCAGGAGUACAAGCUGGACUGCUGCCUGAGUGAGCGUGACACGCAUGUUGUCAGCUGCUCUGAGGAUGGGAAGGUUUUCUUCUGGGAUCUAGUAGAGGGUGCCCUGGCACUGACCCUGCCAGUGGGUCCCAGUGUGGUGCAGUCACUGUCUUUUCAUCCCACGGAGCCCUGCCUGCUGACCGCCACGGCAGGUAGCAUCCAGUGUUGGCGGGAAGAGGCCUAUGAGGCUGAGGGUGGAGCAGGCUGAAGUCAGCGGACCCACCACCACCACCAAGGACAUAGACACAGGCUCAGAAGGACAACUGAAACCAUUUAUUCUAGACAUGCUGCAGACCAAAGUAUGGGGAAGGGGAUGGGUCUACAAAUGAAUAAAUCAAGAA